UUUGCGGAUUUUCAGCAAAAGUGACAACUACCUGCUGUGAAAGCGUGUUGCAUAUGUGCUGCCACCGUUAUUGAAUGAUCAGUGUACCUAAAAUAAUCGGUUUUGUCCUGUUUGUGCGAAAAUAGACAUGUAACGUUGUAAGGUUUUCCCAGCUAGCUGACGAAUUUUUGAGACACAUGUUCAUGAACCCCAAUAGUUCAGGAUGGGUCGUAUGCACGCUCCCGGUAAAGGUAUCUCUCAGAGUGCUAUCCCUUACUGUCGAUCAGUUCCUAACUGGCUGAAACUCACGGCUGAUGAUGUGAAGGAGCAGAUCUAUAAGCUAGCCAAGAAGGGUAUGACUCCAUCGCAGAUCGGUGUAAUUCUGAGGGACUCGCACGGCGUGGCCCAAGUUAAAUGGAUCACCGGCAACAAAAUCCUUCGUAUUUUGAAGAGCAAGGGCCUCGCUCCGGAUCUCCCCGAGGAUCUGUAUCACCUCAUCAAAAAGGCUGUGGCAAUCCGCAAGCAUUUGGAGCGGUUCAGAAAGGAUAAAGAUUCGAAGUUCCGUCUUAUUCUCGUGGAAUCACGUAUCCAUCGUUUGGCUCGUUACUACAAGACCAAGCGCGUAUUGGCGCCCACCUGGAGAUACCAAAGCUCGACCGCCUCGGCUCUCGUUGCUUAAAAACAAAAAUAAAUGCUUUUCUCUGCGGCCGAUGGUAGCGUCGCCUAGUGUUUGAAAAAAA